AUGCCUCAUAGACAAAUAACAAGUAGAGAUGUGGCAUCAAUUCCACAGCCUGGAUUUAAUCUAGCUGAAUCAAUAAAUUUUAGCCCUGAUGAUAAUUUAUUAACUUAUCUUCGUUCACCAAAUCAUUCAUUAAUGAGACAACUCUAUGCAUAUGAUCUUCGAACAGACAGAGAAUUUCUAUAUGCUAAACAACAAAUCGAAGAUCAAACUAUGGAUGAUCAAUUUUCAAUAGAAGAACAACUUCAACGUGAACGUCAAUGUGAAUUAAUGACUGGUAUAACCCGUUAUCAAUUGACGAAAAAUAAAACGCAAUCAAUUAUGUUAAUACCUAUUGGUACUGAUCUUUAUAUUCAUGAUAAAAAAGAACUUCGUCUUUUGGUCAAUGGAUCUCAUCGAUCACCUAUACUUGACCCUAAAUUAUCACCUGAUGGAACAUUUGUUGCUUAUGUUCAAGAUAAUGAACUUUAUUGUGUAUCUACAGCGUCAUCGAAUCCACCAACACAACCACGUCGAUUGACAUUUGAUGCUCGCCAUUAUCCGAAUAAAUCAAAUGGUCUUGCAGAAUUUAUUGCUCAAGAAGAAAUGGAUCGUAAUGAUGGUUUUUGGUGGUCAGAUGAUUCACGUUUUAUUGCAUUUACUCAAGUUGAUGAAUCAAAUGUACCUAUUUUUCGUAUUUCACAUUCUGGUUCGGAUGAUCCUGAUCAUGUUGAAGAACAUCGAUAUCCAUUUACCGGUAAAGCUAAUGUUCAAGUAACUGUUGGUGUUAUUGAUCUGAACAGUGAAGAUAAUAAGAAACAACCUAAUAUACAUUGGGUUGAUUUAAGUUCAUUUAAUGAUUAUUAUAUCGCACGCGUUCAUUUCUUUCCUGAUCAUACACUUGCAUUACAAAUCGAAAAUCGUCAACAAACUCGUUUACAAUUAUAUCAAUAUGAUUUUCUCAAGACAGAUAAAUUAAAAUUAUUGAUUGAAGAUACUAGUCAAUCAUGGAUAAAUUUACAUGAUUUAUUUUAUACAUUAAAAAAAACACCCACACAAUUUAUAUGGGCAAGUGAACAAACUGGCUAUAUGCAUUUACAAUUACAUGAUUAUAAUACAGGAAAAUUAAUAAAAACAUUAACAAGUGGAAAUUGGGUUGUACAACGUAUUGUUGAUAUUGAUGAAACAAAUUCAAUAAUUUAUUUUUUAGCUAAUCGUGAAACACCACUUGAAAUUCAUCUUUAUAGUGUUAAUUAUAAUGAUGAAAUACCAAUAGUAGAUCGUAUAACACAAGAAUCUGGUUGUCAUGUUGUUCAUUGUUUUAAUCAAACAUAUCAAUAUUGUAUUACACAAUGGAAUUCAAUUGAUCAAUAUCCAUUAUUAAGAAUGAUAGAUGUUAGAACAAAGGAAGUUAUUAAAAAUUUUAUUCAUUUACAACAAGGACAAUUAUAUACACUUGAACAAUUUCAGUUUGUUAAACCAAAAUUAUUUUCUAUAUUAAAUAGAAAUAAUGAUACACUUUAUUGUGCACUUUAUAAACCAAAUGAUGAACAAGAAAGAUAUAAAACGCCAUUUCCAACAAUUGUAUCUGUUUAUGGUGGACCAUGUCUUCAACGUGUUGUUAAUUCUUGGUCACUUCGAAGUGAUAUGCGUUGUCAACGUUUAGUGCAAUCCGGUUAUGUUGUAUUACGUUUAGAUAAUCGUGGUACACCUAAUCGUGGUGUCGCAUUUGAAAGUGCAAUAAAACAUGAUAUGGGACAUUUAGAAUUAGAUGAUCAAAUUGAUGGUGUACGUUAUCUUGUCAAACAAGGUAUUACAGAUGAAACACGUGUUGGUAUAUAUGGUUGGUCGUAUGGUGGUUAUAUGUCUGCAAUGGCAUUAGUUCGUGCAAGUAAUAUAUUUAAAUUAGGUAUUGCCGGUGCACCAGUUACACAUUGGGAUGGAUAUGAUACUCAUUAUACAGAAAGAUAUAUGGGUACACCCGAAGAAAAUCCACAUGGUUACGAAAUUUCAAGUAUUAUGUAUCACAUAAAUAAUUUAAAAGGACAUUUGAUGAUUAUUCAUGGUUUAAUUGAUGAAAAUGUACAUUUUCGUCAUACAGCUCGUCUUGUAAAUGCACUUAUAAAGGCAAAUAAAUCGUAUGAAUUAUUACUACUGCCUGAUGAAAGACAUAUGCCAAGAAAAUUUGAAGAACGUAUCUAUAUGGAAGACCGUAUAUUUGAAUAUAUUCGAAAAUAUUUAUAA